GAGUCCGAAAAGAAAAUGCGUGCCAACUCAACCAAACUGCAUGAAAAGGAAAACUUGGUCAUUUGCGUUCUCAGUUCGGGUCGGGUUUGCAAUUCAACAGCACAGCGAAAUCGGAGCAAAAUUUCACGUUCUAAGUAGAAAUAGUUCAAACACUCACCAGCAAGCCAGCCAGCCAGCCCCAACCAGCCCCAAUACUUACACAGCCAAAACAAUAGGCCAGCGUAGUAAUAUCGACUACAAGCAUACUAUAUCCCCACAUCUACUAUAUAGUAUCUCGCCCGAGGCAAUUGCACAUAAGUUGCAACAAGCUGUGUAAGAAGCAACAACGCAACAAAAAAAAAACACAAAAAACAAAAACAUUGUAAGCGAGGCGAAAGGCGUUGCCAGAUUGUUGGCUAACAACAGCAACAACAACAGCAGCAACAACAGCAACAAUUACAACAACAAAUGCUAACAAAAACUACAAGCACAGGACCACCCACAAACAAUAGCCCAAAGGGCCAAAUGAACGUUGGUUAAGGCCGUCCGUCAGUCAGUCAGUCUGUGUGUGUGUGUGUGGCAGUUUGUCGACGCACGCGGCAUGCCCCAGUGUCUGGGCAGCAGCAGCAGCAACAACAACAGUAACUACAGCAGAAGAAGAACCUACUUUGUGCUGCCUCGAAAUCCUGUCACUAAUUAGCUGGCACUUGUCUGGGCAGCGUCAGAGGAUUCCAUUGAACUGGCUGCGGAGUUAAAUUUGUUGUCAUAACAUGGGCUGCGUCUUUGAAGCAGCCAAAGAGCAGCCCAACAUAAAAAAACACCAACAAACCAGAACAGCAACCAGCAGCAAGCAACUGAGAAGGAAUCAAUGCGGUGCCAGGAGAGGAGGAGCUACAACGACAACUGGAGCGGCCACAGUCAGAGUCGCAGAAGGAGCAGGCGGAGAAGGAACAGCAACGACCACAUUGCGACCAGCUGAGGACAUCAAAAUCAAGGAUAACUAUCAACAAAAUCAUAAAACGCAAACGCAAACGCAUACCGAAAUAACAGCGACAACAGAAAUUGUAGUCGAAACAGAAACACAAAUAGAAACACAAACAGAAACAGCAACAGCAAACGCCAAACAUCUAAAAGCGGGAACUCGAGUGCUUUUAACGAUACAAAAACAACAGCAGCAACAACAGCAACAGCAGCAGCCCCAGAAGAACCCCAGUCAAGUGGCGCACAAGGACAAAGACGAGGACGAGGACGAGAACGAGAACGAGAACGACGAGUUGGCGACGAUACGCGGGACGACAAUUGUCGUUGAUAGAGCAGCAACAGCAGCAGCAGCAAUAGCAGCAGGAAUCGAUAUUGUGGCAACAACGAAGCAAACACAAACACUCUGCCCCAAUUGCUUAGGCCACAGCCCAGAGAUAAGCAGAGAACGAGAUCGGGAUCGCGAUCGCGAUGAGCAGCAGCUGCUGCGUCAGCAUCGUCGACGGCGACGGCUACAUACGGAUGCGGCUGCGGCGGCGAUUUGGGGCAGGAUUCGGCCCGGCCUUGGCUCCACAGCAGUGGUUGCUGCCACCCUGGCUGGCAUUUCAACGCUCUCCCUGCACGAGAUGCUGCUGCAUGCGAGAGCUGCCCUAGCGACCUCACUCCAAUGGCAGGUGGAACAGGAGCAGCAGCAGCAGCAGCAGCAGGAUGACCACGAGGAGCAGGAGAAGGAUCCACGUAAGCAACCACUAGCCUAUCAGCCGUGGCAGGAAACAUAUGCCGCCGGCAUUCUGCCCGCCACAAUGUCAGCCGCAAUCAUAGCCAAUGUCAGUGCAACGGCCGCCGCCACCUCGGCGGCCGCCUACCAGUAUCUGGGGCAGCACUACAAGCACUAUAGCCAAUCGUUCAGCUUCUAUGCCGCCUCCAGUGUCAUCCUGAUGCUCUGCUAUCUGACCAGCACAUCCACGGCCGCUGCCACACAGUCGGAGACGGGUGCCCUCGACAAGCAUCCCAUUCAUGGCAUCGAUUGGUCGAAAUUCGACGAGUCCAGUUCGGAUAAGGAGAUAUUAGAUUUACUGCUUGAGAAGAAGCGCUACGACAAACGAUUACUGCCGCCUGUAAAUGAUGAAGACUUUUGCUGUGGUUUGCAAUCGCCCGAUAUGGCAACAAAUCAAAAUCCACGGAGACCCCACAAUCGCGGCACCCUGACGGUCAACGUGAAUGUGCUGCUCCUGAGCUUAGCAUCACCCGAUGAAAGCAGUUUGAAAUAUGAGGUGGAAUUUCUAUUGAAUCAGCAGUGGAACGAUCCACGACUGCAAUAUGGCAAUAAGUCUCAUUAUGACUUUCUAAAUGCUCUGCAUCAUCAUGAUAGCAUCUGGACGCCGGAUACGUAUUUCAUUAUGCAUGGCGAUUUCAAGGAUCCCAUCAUACCAAUGCAUUUCGCUUUAAGAAUAUUUCGGAACGGGACCAUUACGUACGCAAUGAGACGUCAUCUGAUCUUAUCCUGCCAGGGCAGUCUACACAUAUUUCCAUUCGAUGAUCCCAAGUGCUCCUUCUCCAUGGAAAGCAUCUCCUAUGAGGAGGCACAGAUCAAGUAUGUUUGGAAAAACGAUGAGGAUACUCUGCGGAAAAGUCCAUCGCUGACCACAUUGAAUGCGUACUUGAUUAAAAAUCAAACAACGGCCUGCGAUCAGAAUAGCUGGAGAGGGAACUACAGCUGUCUUAGGGUCGAUUUAAUUUUUACCAGAGAUCGUGCAUUCUAUUUCACCACCGUUUUUAUACCUGGCAUUAUAUUGGUGACGUCGUCCUUUAUUACAUUCUGGCUAGAAUGGAAUGCCGUGCCAGCUAGAUCGAUGAUAGGCGUGACAACCAUGCUGAAUUUCUUCACUACCUCCAACGGUUUCCGGAGCACUCUGCCGGUCGUCUCCAAUCUGACGGCGAUGAAUGUCUGGGACGGGGUCUGCAUGUGCUUCAUCUACGCCUCCCUGCUGGAGUUCGUGUGCGUCAAUUAUGUGGGCCGUAAGCGGCCGCUGCACAACGUAGUCUAUCGGCCCGGCGAGAAUCCCGUAACACAGCGUCUUCCAGCAGUACUAAGCAGGAUCGGAGUAAUUCUUGCAAGUCCUUUGGAUAUAAUCGAUCGAGAAUUUCAUGCUGCUUUGUCCUCCGAAAAGGCCAGCGCCGUAGUCACUCCGGCCAUGUCAAUGGCAGGCACACCGGCUGCCUCGUCGUCGGCGGCCACGCCCGGCACGCCGCGCACUGUGGAGGCGGUGGAGGAGUUCUUUGGCGGCGGCGGCAUGCGCUGGCAGGAGGCACAUGGCGGCAUCAUUGGAGCAGCCGUGCAAAACAUACGCGCCCGAUCCAUCAAGCGGAAGGCGGCGCGCAGUCCAUCGACAUCCACAUCGCCAACUGGAACUGUGGGUGGGGUAACCGUAACAGAGCAUAUCUAUGAGGAGCCCGGUGCCAGUGGCACCUCUGGUCCCACCAAGGUCAAGUUUAAGGAUGAGCAGAAGGAGAGUGAGCAGGAGGAACAGGAGAGCGUCACCUCCUCGCUACGUCGAUCGGUGGCCACAAGCACACCGGCUCUGGUGGUGCGCAUCGAGGCAGAAACGGAGGCGGAACAGGAUAUGGAAAUGUUGCAGUUGCCGCAGAAGCCACCACGCAAGCGGCCAUCCCGCUCCAAUUCCCCAGCCUCCGUUUAUGGUGAAUGCGGUGGCGGCAUGGAAACUGGCGAGAAGAGACGCGAUGCUGGCGCUCCGAACGAGAUUGUGGCAUGUACCACCUGCGGCGGCAGCAACAGUCCGUGCACCCAUUCGGCAAACAAUGGCUGUGCCACGGAGACAUGCUUCGUCCAGGUGCGCAAAAAAGAGCCACCGCAUCCGAUACGAGUGGCCAAGACAAUCGAUGUCAUCGCUAGAAUUACAUUUCCAACUGCUUAUGCCAUUUUUCUGGUAUUCUUCUUUGUACACUAUAAAGGAUUUUCGUAAAAUUAAGCAAAGAGAUAGCUACCUAAUGAUAAUGCAUACCUAAGUACUGGAAAACACAACACGCUAAAUUGCAGAGCUAAGGGAAUAAGAGUCCAGAGACGUGACGUAAUCAUCGUAAUAAUCGUACUAUAUUGUAGAGGAUAACGCGUGCUAUGUCUGGAGUAAAUCGUUUACUAAGUUUUAGGGCCUUGCAACGUCAUUUAAUUUUAAUAUAACACAAGUGAAACACAAAGUACAUCUAAUUACCAAUUAAUUAUUCUAUAAAUGGCAACAGCAGCAGCAACACAUGACAAAACCCAAGUGAUAAAUACGUCAAAAUGAGGAAAUUAGUUUAAACUGAGUUGUUAAUGGGGGAAAAAAACGAAAACGAAAACGAAAGGCAAAAACAAAUGAAUAACGAAAGUUACAUUUACGCAAAAACAAAUGAGCAAAACAUACGAAAGAAACAAUUUCGACUGCCUUUUUUUUAAACAAAUAGUAGAAACAAUAUAAAAACCAAACACAAACCAAAAACUUUAAAUUAAAUUUGCAAAUUUUUGCAUAUGCUCGAAAUGAAUUAGUUAAUUAAAAACAAACAAAUAAAAAAACCAAGAAACCAAAAAACACUGUCUAGAAAUUGUAAUAUAAGUACUUAGACAAUUUAUUAAGCAAAGAAAUGCAUGCUAAAAGUACCAAAAACAAAAGCAAAACCAAAAACCAAAAUAAAAACCCAAAAAGGAUAAAAGACCUAGCCUAAAUAAAAUCUAUGAAAUUAUAAAAACUAAAAACGAAAUACAAACCAAAAACAGCUUUAAGGCUUUACCUUCUCGAGUAGUUCGAAACGUACAGACCUACACACAUAUUUAUAUACCUACAUA